AUGAUGAAUUUCGAUAAUCUCUUUCGACGUUUUAUAUUAACUCAAUCAUUUGUACAUGGUUGGGGAAAUCCAUUUCAUUUACAAGAAAUUUUUACCUAUCGACGUGAAAAAAUUGGUAAACAAAAAGGUAAUCAAAAUUAUAUAAAUGCUCGAUUUCGUUCAUCACUUGCCAAUUAUUUACCACAUUUGGUUCCAUCUCAAGUAGCUACAGCUCAUUUUCAACUUGUUCUAUCACGUGAUCAUCGUUUUGGUAUUGAUUCAAUUCCAAUAGGAAUUUGUUAUACUGGAACAGGUGAUCAUGGUUUUAGUCGACGAAGGUUAUUUUCUGUAGUUCCAUUAAUUAAUCAAUAUCCUAUAGGUUCAAUUCUUCUUGAAAAUCCAUAUUAUGGUUUAAGAAAACCACCAGAUCAAUCUCGUUCAUCAUUAUUAUAUGUUACUAAUUUAUAUAUUAUGACUAUUCUACAUGGUUUUUCUCUUGGUGGACAUAUGGCUUCAUUAGCAUUUACAAAAUGGCCUGAUCCAUCUUCUCGACAAUUCUAUGAACAUAAAGCCUUUCAAACAUUUUAUGAUUAUUUAUGUGAACGAAAUCGAUCAAUAGAUUCAAAUAAAAUUGUUCUCGAUCUUAUUAAAGAUAUGAUGCGUCUUCUUAUGGAUGAAUUUACAUCUUUACAUAAUUAUUCACGCCUAAUUCAAUCAAAUAUACCUAAUGUUAUGUUUAUUGCUUGUACACAUGAUGGUAUUUCACAUAUGAAUGAUGUAUGGCCUGGUAUUCAUAUCCGAUAUAUUCCUCAUGAACAUGUUAGUGCAUUUUUAUUUAAUCAAUCAGGUUUUCAUCAUGCUG